UCCACCACGGCCGCACUAUAUUCUAGUUUUUAUAUAAUUAUUUUAAAUUACUUAAUCAUUUUAGAAUUUUUCAUCUAGAGUGUCAAUCUGAUACUAGAAUAAUUUAGAAAUUGUUUGUAUAAUUUGAUUAUGAAUUUUGUGAUUAUAAAUUUUAAUCAUUUAAGAUAACCUUACUACUAAUUUUUAACUUAGGUUUUUAUACAAAUGAAUAUAGCUAAUAUCUUUAUUUUUUUAGCUCUCUCUCUUAUAACUAGCUUUCAUUUCGUCCAUGCACAAAUAUUAUACACAUGGUCUCAAGUUAUCCCAGAAAAUAAACUAAGCAUACGCGCAAUUACGGACAAUGACAUGUGUCCCAUUGUUUAUGUUGAUGGCGAGGAAACAGAAAUGCUGAAUCGCAGCUCAAUUAACAAUGGUGAUCAUAACGAAACAGUUUGUGAACUGACAGUACAAACAAGUGCCAAAAACAUUAGUAUUGAGGAUCUACGGGUUCCUAUAUUACCAAAAAAGGUUAAUAAAAUUGCUUUCAUUGGUGACACAGGCUGUAGAAUAAAUAUGUUAUUUCAGCAGGAAUGUAAUUCGGUAGAUAGCUGGCCUUUAAAAAAAAAUUUAGAUUCAAUCGCCCUUCAUAAACCAGAUUUAAUUAUCCAUGUUGGUGAUUAUCAUUAUAGACAAACAAAAUGUAGAAAUACAAAAAAGUGUGGCGAUAUUUAUGGAUAUAAUAAAGAAGUUUGGUACGCUGAUUGGUUUGAGCCUGCAAAGGAUAUUUUAUCACAAUCCCCUUUCCUUUUUGUUCGUGGAAACCAUGAGAGUUGUGAUAGAGCUUAUGAAGGAUGGUUCAGGUAUCUAGAUUCAUACCCCUUUUCGUCUGAAAAAUGUGGAAACUUCGUUUCUAGUUGGUCCUUAGAUGCUGGACCGAUGAAAUUUUUUAUCUUCGACUCUUCAUCCGGUGAGGAUAUUUUUACAACCCAAAGCACAAUUGAUGCUUUUGAGAGGCAAUUUGAUAAAUUGAUACAAAAUAGUUCUGACAAGCCCAUGUGGUUUUUAACUCAUAAACCGCUUUGGAGAUCUCCAAAAAAAGAAUUUUUGACAUUAAAAAGCCAUGGUAAUCUUACACAAAUCGAAGCUUUUGGAGAUAAAUUUCCAAGCAAUGUUACUACCAUAGUUUCUGGCCACAUUCAUAUAGCCCAGAUUUUAUUAAUGGAUAAUGUUCCAGACCAAAUUAUAGUUGGAAACGGUGGUGCAUCAUUACACGCUCAAGAUCAAGAAUCUGUUUAUCAAAAUGUAGAAUUUGACUAUUUAAAUGGUAAAAACUACUUAGCACACGAGGUUAGAAACUUUUUUGGCUUUGGCUUUGCAAUACUAAAUUUAGAUGAUCACGAAUUUACCUUCUAUAAUCAACACAAUAAGGAAAUGUAUUCUGCGAAGCUAACAGAAGAUUUUAAACUUAAACGGAUUAAAACUAUAGUCGAUUCAUUUUAGGAUUUGUUAUUAGCUAUUUUAAAAACGCUAC